AUGAUCGAGUCAUUCCGAGAAAAUGGCCUGAACGCGAUGCCCAUUCACACACAGAUAAAAACUUCGCGGAUAGAACUGCUACUGACGACAAUCUAUCAUAAUUUGAACAAACGGCUCGUUUCUUCGCAACAUAUCGACACUGACAAGUCGAUAUCGUUAUUAUUGAGUUUUUUAUUAGGAACCUAUGAUAACCAUGAGGUAGUUGACGAGAUUGGCGUGAUUUCCAUCGAAAGGUCCCUUUGCCAGGCAACAAACCGGCCGAUUGACAGUGUUUUCGAUAAAAAUAGCUUUGGCGACAAUAUGCGCCGGAAAACUAGUGGACAAGUUGAGGAGUUUUUGACUUUCAGAUAUGUUCUCUCAAAUUUCGGAUUCGUCUGGCUUUUUGGAAUACGAUCGAUUUACUGA